GACAAUUUAUCGAUCCAAAAACUUUUUUGGAAAGAUGUGGAAGAGGAUGUGGUGAAUUAGCUGACAAAUUUCGCGAUUGGGAACAUCUUUUUACAGCUUCAAACUAUGAAAUGAAAAGUGAAAUGGGUAUACCCACAAGAAAAAGAAGAUGGAUUCUUGAUUGGACAGAACAUUAUCGAAAUGGAGUCAAUCCAUAUAACAUUCCUAUUCCUCAAAUUUAUUUUUCAUAUCGAAUACCUUCAUUCUUUAAUAUCAUUAAUUUCAUAAAUUGA